CAGUGGUCAGUUACUUUCGAGACUAGGAAGGGAGAGCCUUGUCAACCGGAUGACGAUUGACGUCGCUGCGGAUUGCAUUUUAGCAUGACACGGGUUUUGCAUCAAAGAUGCUUCUGCAAUAUCUUUAUCGUCUGCUCUUUUGAUUCGUCUUAUCCUUAGAAACUGAUGACAUGACAGCCUUUUUCUCUAACACAGGUAAAUGGCAUACAUGCUACAUCAUUAGCACUCACGUUAUUUGCUAGCUGGCUGGCUAGCAUGUUGUCAUUGUGUCCAGCUGUCUGCUCGUCUUGAUUUUCUAAGGGAGCGACCGGACCCAGUAGUCAUCAACACUACCAUGUACUCAGAGUGGAGGUCCCUGCACCUGGUUGUGCAAAGCGACCAAGGUCACCUGAGCGUUCUGCACAGUUACCCCCCAGCAGUGGGACGUGAUGUGGCCAAUGCUGUGGUCAAGCCCCUGGGGGUCACCCUGGGAAUCCCCUCCACAGACAGUCUGCUCAAGACUGACAAAGAGGUGAAGUGGACGAUGGAGGUUCUGUGUUAUGGGCUGACCCUGCCUCUGGACGGGGACACGGUCAAGCUGUGCGUGGACGUGUACACGGACUGGAUCAUGGCCCUCGUCUCUCCGCGGGCCUCCAUCCCCCAGCCCAUCGUCAAGGAGCCCAACCUCUACGUCCAGACCAUCCUCAAACACCUCCACAACCUCUUCCUGCCCAGGCCGGAGCACUACAGCCCCAUGCACUUCCGGCUGUGCCAGCAGGUGCUGACGGCGGUGCAGAAGCUGGCCCGGGAGUCCGGCUGCAUGGCCCGAGACACCUGGGAGGUGCUGCUGCUCUUCCUGCUGCGCAUUAACGACACGCUGCUGGCCCCGCCCACCGUGGGAGGCGGGACGGCAGAGAAGCUGGCCGAGAAGCUGAUCAGCGUGCUGUUCGAGGUGUGGUUCCUCGCCUGCACGCGCUGCUUCCCCACCCCGCCCUACUGGAAGACGGCCAGGGAGAUGCUGGCCAACUGGAGACACCACCCGCCCGUGGUGGAGCAGUGGAGCAAGGUCAUCGCUGCCCUCACGUCCAGACUGCUGCGUUUCACCUACGGCCCGUCCUUCCCGCCGUUCAAAGUUCCCGAGGAGGACGCCGGUCUGAUCCCGGCAGAUAUGGACAACGACUGCGUGGCCCAGACCUGGUUCCGCUUCCUCCACAUGCUCAGCAACCCGGUGGACCUGAGCAACCCUGUGAUCGUCAGCUCCACCCCCAAGUUCCAGGAGCAGCUCCUGGGCGUGAGCAGUGUUCCCCAGGAGAUCAUCCAGCACCCCUGUCUCAAACAGCUGCCCCAGAUCUUCUUCAAGGCCAUGAGGGGGGUCAGCUGCCUGGUCGACGCCUUCCUGGGUGUCGCGGUGGCAAAGAGAGAGAUGCGAGAAACUCUGCCUUCACCACACGCUACUCAAAAAAACAUUCUGUACGAGACAGAAAAUACCUCCCCAAUCAGCGGAGUGACAGUCUCUAGGACCCACAUACGAGACAGGCUUCCCUCACUAGGUGUCGCAGUGUCUAGGAACAAUUUCCGCGAGCGCCUUCCGUCCUAUGGUAUUUCCCGGCCCCGGUCGGACAGUGCCCCCCCCACCCCAGUCAACAGACUGAGCAUGCCGCCUCUUCCGACGACCACCAACACCACGCCACCUCACAGCCGCAGACACAAGCCCACAGGCGUCACCAAGACAACCAGCAAAGCCUCCACCGCCAGCACGGCGCACCAGUCCAAAGUAGCCCACCAGGCGUCGUCCUCCUCCCCUCUGUCCAGCCCCAACCAGACCAGCUACGAGCCCCGCCCGCUGCCUGCCCCCGCCAGGCCAAAGGUCAACAGCGUUCUCAACCUGUUUGGCCAAUGGCUGUUUGACGCUGCCCUGGUGCACUGCAAGCUGCACACAGGUCUCAGCAGAGACAGCAGCAUGACUGCCCUGGCCACCCAGACGGGGGUGGAGCUGAGGAGGAAGGCCUCCCAGAUGUCCACAGACACCGUGGUGUCCAACCCCAUGUUCGACGCCAACGAGUUCCCCGACAACUACGAGUCUGGCCGGGCGGAGGCCUGCGGGACCCUCUGUAGGAUCUUCUGCAGCAAGAAGACUGGAGAGGACAUCCUGCCUGUCUACCUGUCCAGGUUUUACAUGGUUCUGGUCCAAGGCCUCCAGAUCUCCGACUUCAUCUGCAGACCAGUCCUGGCCAGCAUCAUCCUCAACUCCACGGCCCUGUUCUGCUCCGACCUGAAGGGCAUCAACGUGGUGGUCCCUUACUUCAUAUCUGCCCUGGAGAACAUCCUCCCUGACCGGGAACUGUCCAAGUUUAAAAGCUACGUGAAUCCCACGGAGUUGAGGCGAGCCUCGAUCAACAUCUUGCUGUCCAUGCUUCCCCUACCACACCACUUUGGCAGCCUCAAAUCUGAGGUGCUCUUGGAAGGCAAGUUCAGCAACGAUGACAACUUUCUUCAGGAAAAGUCUGUCUCCUUCCUGUCUCUGAAACUGCGCCUGGUCAACAUCCUGAUCGGAGCCUUGCAGACUGAGACGGACCCCACCAACACUCAGAUGAUCCUAGGUGCGAUGCUGAACAUUGUCCAGGACUCUGCUCUCCUGGAGUCUAUCGGUGCUCAAGCUGAAGUGGCCAGUGUGGAGGGCGGCCACUCUCUGUCCAAGAGCCACAGCAGGAACAACAGCGGCAUCAGCAACGCUAGCGGAGCCAGCUCGGAGGCCACCACCCCGGACAGCGAGAGGCCGGCCCAGGCCCUCCUCCGAGACUACGCUCUCCAUACAGACACAGCUGCAGGCCUGCUGAUCCGCAGCAUCCACCUGGUCACCCAGAGACUCAACUCCCAGUGGAGGCCUGACAUGAGCAUCUCCCUGGCUGCCCUGGAGCUGCUGGCUGGCCUGGCCAAGGUGCGCGCCAGCGCCGAGUCGUCCGACCGCAAGCGCGCCGUCAGCUCGGUGUGCGGCUACAUCGUGCACCAGUGCAGCCGGCCCGCCCCGCUCCACUCCCGGGACCUCCACUCCAUGAUCCUGGCCGCCUUCCAGUGCCUGUGCGUGUGGCUCACGGAGCACCCCGACAUGCUCGACGAGAAGGACUGCCUGAUCGAGGUGCUGGAGAUCGUGGAGCUGGGGAUCUCGGGCAGCAAGUCCAGGACGGGGGACCAGGAGGCGAGGCACAAGGGUGACAAGGAGCACAACCCGGCCUCCAUGAGGGUGAAGGACGCGGCCGAGGCCACGUUGUCAUGUAUAAUGCAGGUGCUGGGGGCGUUCCCGUCGCCCAGCGGCCCCGCCUCCCCCUGCAGCCUGCUCAACGAGGACACGCUGAUUCGGUACUCCAGACUGACGUCCACCAGCCACAGGAACUUCCGCUACUUUGUCCUGGACAACUCUGUCAUCCUGGCCAUGCUGGAGCAGCCCCUGGGCAACGAGCAGAAUCCCUCCCCGUCCAUCACCAUGCUGAUAAGAGGCAUGUCCGGGAGGCAUGCCUGGACAAUGCAGCUCUUCCAUCAGCCCAGGGGGGCUCGCGCCAGCCAGAAGCAGGUGUUCGUCCCCGAGGCCCGGCCCACGCCCAAGGACGACGUAGGGGUCCGCUUCAACGUCAAACACCGGCCCUUCCCGGAGGAGGUGGACAAGAUCCCCUUCGUCAAAGCCGACCUCAGCAUCCCCGACCUGCACGACAUCGUAGACAAGGAGGCCGAGGCGUUCUGCCGUGGCUCCUCGGGGCUGUACGGUGAUCCAUACCUGGAGCUGCAGCAUGAGAAGCUGCGAGGGGUGAUGGUGAAGCAGAUGGAGUACGAGACGACCCUGGAGCACUACAGCGACGAGCUGUGGGGCAAGAAGGGCUUCCCGGACCCCCGCACCGACUGCAGGCCCCCGCCGCCCUCCCAGGACUUCCAGACCGCCCGCCUCUUCCUCUCCCACUUUGGCUUCCUGUCCCUGGAGGCCCUCAAGGAGCCUGGGAACAGCCGCCUGCCCCCCCACCUGAUCGCUCUGGACUCGGGCGUGCCGGGAUUCUUUGAGGACAUGAGCUACCUGGAUCUGCUGCCCUGCCGACCCUGCGACACGGUCUUCAUCUUCUACAUGAGGGCCGGCCAGAAGAGCAGCCAGGAGAUCCUCAGGAACGUGGAGAGCUCCUCCAGUGUCCAGCCUCACUUCCUGGAGUUCCUGCUGUCUCUGGGCUGGCCCGUGGAGGUGGGCCAGCACCCUGGCUGGACGGGCAGCGUCUACACCAGCUGGUCCAUCAACAACAACACCACCACCGCCAAUGGGACCGGGCCUGACUCCAGUCCUCCAGAUGACACCUUCCCCCUGGGAGACACCGGCGGGGGCGUGUUCGACGGCGAGCGCAGGGUGCUGUACUACGCCGACGCCCUGACCGAGAUGGCCUUCGUGGUUCCGUCUCCGACAGACUCCUCCGCCGAAUCGUCCGAGAACAGCUUCCCGUCCGCCGACUCCGACUCCCAGAUGGACCUGCUCCCCAGCGUGCUCAAACAGUCCAGCCUCACCCUGGAGCUCUUCCCCAGCCACUCGGACAGCUUGGCCCCCGCCCAGAGGAGUCCCACGGCCAAGUGUAAGAAGAUGCCCCCGGGCAGGAGCAUCCCGCCCAUCGGCCCCGAGACCAAGGUGCUGGUGGUCUGGGUGGAGCGCUUCGACGACAUCGAGAACUUCCCCCUGGCAGAGCUGCUGGUGGAGACCAGCACAGGCGUGGACAACAACCUGAGCAGCAGCAGCAGCAGCACGUCCACCAGGGCGGCGUCCUCCGAGAAGGACGUCCAGGUGAUCUUCAUCCACCCUCUCCGGACGGGCCUGUUCCGCAUCCGCCUCCACGGAGCCACGGGCAAGUUCAGCAUGGUCGUCCCCCUGGUGGACGGCAUGGUGGUCAGCAGGAGGUCCCUGGGGUUCCUGGUCAGGCAGACGGUCAUCAACGCCUGCCGGAGGAGGAGGCUGGAGAGCGACUCCUACAACCCGCCUCACGUCCGCAGAAAACAGAAGAUCGCCGAGGUCGUCAACCGUUACCGGAACAAGCAGCUGGAGCCCGAGUUCUACACGUCUCUGUUCCAGGAGGUCGGAGAGACCAGCCUGAACCCGUGACCCCACAGACUUUCCACCCCCCGCCCCCCCCCCCCCACAGUGCCGAGAGAGACUGACGCAAAGGACUGCAAAGACUAUAUAUUUAUAAACUUUUUCCCUUUCUUUUCGUUUUCGGUGUUAUUUAUAUCAGCACUUGUCGACCAUGUUGUUGCAAAGUGGAUAGAAUAGAAGUGACACUUUUGCAGAGAGGUUAGAAGUGACACUUGGUUCGAAGUACACCACACCCUCGCAUCACUGUCAUGGCCGCCAUCUCCAGCGGAAGGAGUCGGUGAGGACAGGGUAGAUGAGCAGGCCCAAUAACCCCCACGCAGGGACGCAGUUCUUGCUGUUACCUAGCAUCUCCAGAAGCUUCCACGGCUGGGACUUGUCCCCCACGGCCGCUCCGCUGUAGGUUUCCAGAUGCUCGCCUGCUUCGGCGUGGCCCGCCUCACUGUCGGACCCCCCUCCCCAUCUUCUCAUAGCUGGCCGUUCCAUGUCCACACUAGCGCACCGUGUAGCAUGCAUGGUCCAUACUUGCCUUUAACUUCAAUGCCAUGCUAGUGUGGGUACUGGGAUGUGGGGUUUUUUUUUGGGGGGGGGGGUUGUUUUUCUUUAGUUUUUUGGGGAACAGGACUUGCCAAGCUGGAAAAACAACACUACAGACAUAGUUAAUACUGUUAACAGAAGUGUCAUAUCAUUUCUAAUCAUGUAAUAGUCCUUUUUUUUUUUUUAUCCGGUUUUGUGAAAUCCCCCAUUGAAGGUUCCCUUCAAACUAACAAACUCGCAUGCCAGUUUGUGAAAGGCGUGGCGAGCGUGCUUUUCAUUGAAACCUCAGGUAGUCUCGCAGUACUUUGUUUUGUUCGUCCUUUUGCACGUACUCGCUGCACUCCUGCCACCUGACCUCAGUUGAAGGCAUUCUUCGUUUUUUUUCCUCUCGUCUGCUUUCUCUUUUCUUGCGCUGUUAAAACCGUGGCAUUUCAGAGUUGCCUACAAGGUAACCGGUCCUGGGUGCGGUUCUCUCCAUAUCAUAUAAGCUACGAGGGGGGGGAAAUGACUGUGGCCUCAGUUAGUCCUGAGAACAGUCGUUGUAAGGCGUGUGUAACGUAUGUGUGUAACGCAUCGCUUCAGCCUCAUACCAAAUUCUGAUUUGUACUAACAGCUUUCCACCAGGCAGUGUCUUUAUGUGUGCUUUAUUCCCGACUACUACAACUACUAUAUUGCUGCCAAGGGCUGAGCAUAGUGAUGCUGCCACUCCACACAUACCUGUGCUUAAUAUACCUGUAAUAUAAAUGUUGCCGAAUCUUACGACACUGAUGAUUUUAUAUUCAUGUAUUUUAUAUGAGAAAUAAUGCUGAAAUAUCUUUUGCAUGAUAUUUACCGUUGUGUAUAUUCACCCGAGCGGUCGUCUUUCUUGAAAUAAGAUGCAUCACUGAUUCUUUCUUACUUUUUGGUCCGAUUUUUUUUCACUUUUUGAUUGUUACUUUUCUUUUGAUACAGUAUUUUCAUUAGCGACUGUUAAAGGAUAAAUCCAUACUGACUUAGAAAACCCAUUACUGUACCUGGAGGAGCUAACGAAUGCAGUUACCAUAAUGUAGAAACUGCUUCUGGGCAAGAGCUGAAUCUCAUGUUUUUAUGAGGCUGAAUAAGAAAUAACUCACUUUUAUAAACACCAUUACAUUUCAAUAGCGGCAUGUACACAAGUGUCAAUUAGCAAGUUUUGGGGGAAAUCUGGGACAUCCAAACUAUUUCAUGUUGUGGCAGGCAGCCUCCUUGUAUCCAAAUAGUCCGAAGAAUAGAUAUUCGAUACAUUGUGAUUUGUGCUAAUACAAUACAAUUGUGAUGGUAGCACACUGAAUUGUUUUUUUCUUGAAUGACAAUGUGUACAUAUUGAAGGCAUCAACUUGUAUAAAGUUGUAGGAUGUGUAAAUAUGAGGGUGUGAGUUUAAUUCCACCUGUCUGUAAGCUCAUCACUAGGAGAGCCACACAACGCUUGUUUGUAUUUAUGCCAACUAUAUGUGCAUCUGAGAGAAACAGUGGAUAUUGAAUGUAACACAUGUAAGGAAUAAAGAUUUUAAUUAACUUCUUAA